UUAUCCAAUAUGGCGUCUGGAAUUGAAAUUGCUCCGCCAGUUAAAAGAUUGAAGAUUAAAGACGAGAAUGAUGAAAUUUUUAUGUCGUUUCAUAAAGAUAAUUUGCAAACUUUAAAAUAUGCAUUAGAUGUUUUUAACAAUCAUCUGUCUUGUUAUGGAGUUGGAAUCUUAAACAUUAAAGUUUGUAAUGCCGCAAGUUCCAAAUGUUUUUCUAACGCAACUUGCGAUUGUGAACAGUUUCGUAAACCCAGUUCUUCUGUACCUAGAGGAUUUAAAAUACGUGGUAUUUUUCAAUAUGGAUUUAAAAUGUUGGACGCUUACAUCAAAUCCCCUGAAUGCAUACCUCAAAGAAGAGGUGCCAGAUUAGCUUUGGCAAAGCUACUGAAGUUUUUGACAGAUAUAGAGUUGACAGGGAAAACACUUUCUCAAGGCAGAGAAGAUAUCAGUGAAACUGAGUGGACUGUAAGAGUGGCACAUCAUUUGUUUUCAAAGCUUGCUGUUGGUUCAAAUUAUACAUUAGACAAUAUUAGCAAAGGAAGGAUUAAAGAUGCAUAUUGUAAUUGUGGCUGCAAGGAAAGAUUAUUGGGGGAUUACGGGGACACUUCUAUGGGUGUUCCAUCAUACUGGCAUGGACGACUUGACAUUCUGAUGGAUGUUGCUGUGACAGUAGCUACUGAAGAGCCAGACUCACCAGGUGCAGGAAAUUGUUCUUCUAGCGAAAUGACAUCUGAUAGGAUGAUUGCAUGCAAAGAACAAAUAAGGGCUGAAGCAAUAGUGUUUUCUUUUUUGCAAAAGAAAAAUCAUCCUGAGCUGAACAAUUUCCUUAUUCCAACUAUUGCAAUGUCUAAAUCUCAGAUGGCAGUUUGUUUAUAUGACUGUGAGAAUGAUAUAUUCCUUGAAACUCCACGUCUUGAUCUCUUUGUAGAAGAUAAAUUUUUAAAGAUAGAAACAAUAAUCACUCUCUGGUCAGUUUUGAAUUUUAAAUAUUGCUGUUCAGGAGUUCCAGAAGAGAUCAUUGAAUUUGGUUUUACAGCAGAUUUCUUCAAGCACGCUGGUCCUCAUCUGGAAAAGUAUAUUGCGAAUGUAAAAGCUCCUUGUUGUUAUCAGACUGAAAACACAUGGUCUGCAGUACUUGUUUUAGAAGAUGUUAAAGAGAAAACAGAUGAUGUUAACAACAUAUAUCAGCCUUCAUAGAUAAUAUGAAAUUGCUGGAAAGUGCCAGACUGAGCUGUUGUGAUAACUUGAACUGUUAUGAGAACUAGACACAGUUGUAGAGGAUGUGAAGGGAUUGUGCCAUUCACAAGAACCAUAACUAAAUUUUCAUAUCUUGUUAUUUGUUUAAAUUUCACACAAUGAUGGAGGAUGAUGUGGGGGGAGUGCAGUGCACAGGAACCAUAACUCCAUCUUGCUUUGUUUUUGAAUUAUCUCCUUUGAUUCGUUUUUUGUCUAUUGCACACCUUUAACAGCACAACUUAAACAGCUAUGAAGUGAAUGUGUUCAAACUUUAUACAGUGGUAGAAAGUAUUUAUUUGGUGGGUAGUAAUUAUAAGAACUGUUAACUGAAGUAUUGAUUACAUGUCAUUUAUAGGCCAUUGAUGGUAAUUUUCAUUCUUGUCUGGGUAAAAGAAUACAUCGUGAAGCAUUAUUUGGCUUUACCAAUUUCUUGUGCUUUCUGUUCGUUUUUAUAUGCCUGAAAGAAUUUCGGGCAUAUUAUGUUAUACCCCCUGGCGUCUGUCCGUCCGUCUGUCCACACUCACAGGACAGUGAUUAUGUGGCUAGAGGGACAAUAGGUAACUGUUCUUUCUCUUUGAUGUCAUUCAUUCCUUAAUGCUUUUAUGUGGCUAUUUUCUUUUGUGUGGCUAAAAAGAACAAUAGAGAGAACAAUAGAGUAGCCACAUUAUUACUCUCCUGUUAGAACGUCCGUCCGUCCGUUAGUAAUUUGGUUUCCGGAGCAUAACUUAAGUUCAAUUUGGCCAACAAUAUUCAAACUUCAUAGGAUGAUUGUCCAUAUUGGCUAGAAGACCCCUAUUGAUAUUGGGGUCACAAGGUCAAAGGUCAAGGUCACUAUGGCCUUAAAACUGAAAACAGUUUCCAGAGCAUAACUUAAGUUCCGUUUAGCCCACAGUAUUCAAACUUCAUAGGAUGAUGGUCCAUAUUGGGUAGAAGACCCCUAUUGAUUUUGGGUUACAAGGUCAAGGUCAUUAUUACAUUAAAACUGAAAACAGUUUCCAGAGCAUAACUUAAAUUUCAUGUGGCCCACAACAUUCAAACUUCAUAGGAUGAUUGUCCAUAUUGGGUAAAAGACCCCUAUUGAUUUUUGGAUCACAAGGUCAAAGGUCAAGGUCACUAUUACCUUAAAACUGAAAACAGUUUCUGGAACAUUACUUAAGUUCCGUUUGGCCCACAGUGUUUAAUCUUCAUAGGAUGAUUGUCCAUAUUGGGUAGAAGACCCCUAUUGAUUUUGGGGUCACAAGGUCAAACGUCAAGGUCACUAUAACCUUAAAACAGUUUCCGGAGCAUAACUGAAAUUCCAUGUGGCCAACAAUAUUCAAACUUCAUAGGAUGAUUGUCCAUAUUGGGUAGAAGACCCCUAUUAAUUUUGGGGUUGGUCAAGGUCACUAUUACCUUAAAACUGAAAACAGUUUCGGGAACAUAACUUAAGUUCCGUUUAGCCCACAGUGUUCAAUCUUCAUAGGAUGAUUGUCCAUAUUGGGUAGAAGACCCCUAUUGAUUUUGGGGUCACAAAGUCAAAGGUCAAGUUCACUAAUAUCUUAAAACUGAAAACAGUUUCCGGAGCAUAACUUAUGGUCUAUUUGGCCCACAAUAUUCAAACUUCAUGGGAUGAUUGUCCAUAUUGGGUAGAAGACCCCUACUGAUUUUGGGGUCACAAGGUUAAAGGUAAAGGUCAUUAUUACUUUAUAACUGAAAACAGUUUCUGGAGCAUAACUUAAGGUCUAUUUGGCCCACAAUAUUCAAACUUCAUAGGAUGAUUGUCCAUAUUGAGUAUUGUCCAUAUUGGGUAGAAGACCCCUAUUUAUUUUGGGGUCACAAGAUCAAAAGUCAAGGUCACUAUUACUUUAAAACUGAAAACAGUUUCCAGAACAUAACUUAAUUUCUAUUUGGCCCAUAGUGUUCACACUUCAUAGGAUGAUUGUCCAUAUUGGGUAGAAUACCCCUAUUGAUUUUGGGGUCACAAGGUCAAAGUUCAAGGUCGCUAUUACCUCAAAACUAAAAACAGUUUCCAGAGCAUAACUUAAGUUCCAUUUGGCCCACAAUAUUUAAACUAUAGGAGGAUUGCUAUUUGAAGGAGGUAAUACUUUAUUUAAUUUAUGUAAUGUCUAACAAAUGCUUCAUCCUUACUUAAAAAAAAACACUUUCGGGCAUAUAAUGCUCCGCCUAGGGGUGCUCUUGUUUUUAGCUCACCUGUCACACAGUGACAGGGUAAGCUUUUGUGAUCGAUUUUCGUCCGGCGUCCGUCCGUUCGGCGUCCGGCCGUCUGUAAACUUUUACUUUAAAUGACAUCUCCUCAUAAACCACUAAGCCAAUUUCAUCCAAACUUCAUAGGAAUGUUCCUUUGGUGGUCACCUUUAAAAAUUGUUCAAAAAAUUUAAUUCCAUGCAGAACUCUGGUUAUCAUGGCAACCGAAAGAAAAAACUUUAAAUAUCUUCUUUUUAAAAACCCAAAGAGCUAGAGCUUAGAUAUUUGGCAUGAAACAUCAUCUAGUGAGUGUCUACCAAGUUUUUUCAAAUAAAAGCCCUGGGGUCAAAAUUGGCCCCAUCCCAGGGGGUCAUCGAUUUUCCCUAUAUGCUUAUAGUAAAAACUUAAAAAAUCUUCUUUUAAAGAACCCAAAGAGCUAGAGCUAAGAUAUUUAGCAUGAAAGAUCUUCUAAUGCGUGUCUAAUAAGUUUGUUCAAAUAAAAGCCCUGGGGUCAAAAUUGGCCCCGCCCCAGGGGGUCAUUGAUUUUCCCUAUAUGCAUAUAUUAAAAACUUAAAAAUCUUCUUUUAAAGAACCCAAAGAGCUAGAGCUAAGAUAUUAAGCAUGAAACAUGUUCUAAUGGGUGUCUACAAAGUUUGUUCAAAUAAAAGCCCUGGGGUCAAAAUUGGCCCAGCCCCUUGGGUCAUUGAUUUUCCUUAUAUGUGUAUGGCAAAAACUUAAAAAUCUUCUUUGAACAAACCCAAAUAGCUAGAGUUUAGAUAUUACGCAUGAAACAUCUUCUAGUAAGUGUCUACAAAGUUUGUUCAAAUAAAAGCCCUGGGGUCAAAACUGGCCCCGCCCCAGAGGUGUCAUUGUUUUUAAUUAUAUGUGUAUAGUAAAAACUUAAAAAUCUUCUUUUAAAAAACCCAAUGAGCUAGUGGUAAGAUGUUUAACAUGGAACAUAUUCUUGUUGGUGUCUACCAAGUUUGUUCAAAUAAAAGCCCUUUGGUUAAAAUUUAAAAAUUGGCCCUGCCGGGGGGAUGGAAGAAUGCAGAGGUCAUUGUUUUUCAUUAUAUGUGUGUAGUAAAAACUUAACAUCAUAAACCAUCUUCUAAUGGGUGUCUACAAAGUUUGUUCAAAUAAAAGCCCUGGGGUCAAAAUUGGCCCCGCCCCGAGGGUCAUUGAUUUUCCUUAUAUGUGUAUGGCAAAAACUUAAAAAUCUUCUUUGAAAAAACCCAAAUAGCUAGAGUUUAGAUAUUAAGCAUGAAACAUCUUCUAGUAAGUGUCUACAAAGUUUGUUCAAAUAAAAGCCCUGGGUUCAAAACUGGCCCCGCCCCAGAGGUGUCAUUGUUUUUAAUUAUAUGUGUAUAGUAAAAACUUUAAAAAAUCUUCUUUUAAAAAACCCAAUGAGCUAGAGGUAAGAUGUUUAACAUGAAACAUCUUCUUGUGGGUGUCUACCAAGUUUGUUCAAAUAAAAGCCCUUGGGUUAAAAUUGGCCCUGUCUGGUGGGGGGUGCAGAGGUCAUUGUUUAACAUUAUAUGUGUGUAGUAAAAACUUAACAUCAUGAAACAUCUUCUAAUGGGUGUCUUCCAAGUUUGUUCAAAUAAAAGCCCUGGGGUUUAAACUGGCCCCGCUCCGGGAGCCUAUAUACAGGUGAGCGACCUCAGGGCCAUCAUGGCCCUCUUGUUUUAAUGUUGUAAAAUGAUAAUGUUCUCCCUGAUUAAAAACAAAUUUAACUUGUUCAACUUGAGGGAAUGAGGGAAUUUUAGCGCUAUGCAAACAGACUCGCGUUAUAACCAUCUAUAUAAUAAUACUGGUCAUAUCAUUUUAAUAGAAUUCUCAAAAACAUUUUUAAAGCUGUUUGAUAUAUAAUACAAGGUGCUUCUUAAAAAAUAAAUUUAGAAAAAAAAGGA